CACGCAACCAGUCGAUAUGGCCUAUUUUCCCUAUCUCCCGGAGGAACUUCUCAAUCAAAUCUUCUCUAACUGCGUAUCGGCGGUGGACGAGGACUUGGACCCCGACAGCGUGCGGACAUUGCAAGCCAUCUCUUUGACGUCUAAACAGUUCCACCGCAUUGUGGAGCCUUCACUCUACUCGAACGUUCUAGCAUGCUUCGCCGGACUCGAAUCCGAGUACUACCCAUUUUGGCUCGUCAAUGGACCUCGGCUGCAGCGGACGUUCGCGGAACGACCUGCUCUUUCAUCCUAUGUCAAGACCUUCCGGGCGUUCCGGAUUCGCGCGGACGAGAUGCGGUAUGGCGAGGAACACACUGCCAAGCAAGAGGUAUACCGGGACAACGAAACAACUGCACGGAUGGGUCUGGUGGGCAGUCACGUACCCAGGAUUCUAGAGGGUAUGCCAAACCUAGAACGCGUCGACUUUCGGAAGACCGCCAUAUUGUAUUGUCAUGGGUUGUGCUACUGGCUCUUCGGUAGCGAGCUAAGCACAGGCAAGAUGAGCAACCUGCGAAGGCUCGACAUCACGCUUAAACGCUCGACACUUGUAGAUCUCCUUCCGAUCUUUCAGCUCCCUAAGUUGGAGGUUUUUGUGGCCGACAUCGUGUACCUCUAUGCUCCGGACUCGGAAGAUCGCGCUUGGUUUUCUCUGCGGACUUCCGUUAGAGAGCUGACCAUGAGGACUUUCUUUUGGGAUACGCGCACUAUCAAUCUCCUCUCAGCUUUCCGGAUUGUUCUUGAUGCUUGUCCCUUACUGCGAGCUUUUAGGCUCUCGUUACACGGAAAUCCUGAUGAAGAGUUCGACGAAGAGUUUCAAGCGGGCAUAAUCGGGCUUUUGAACGUCCAGCUGUCUAGUGGUACCCUCCGACAUCUGGAACUCUGGUCCAAGCAGGGUCUAUGCGGCCCAUACGAAAUGCUCAACCCGCCUUCGUUACCCAACGUUUGGACGAGCGCUAGCCUCGAGCUUGAGUCGCUUAAAGUGGACAUGUCUUUACUAUCCCAAAACCGUUUCAAUACUGGCUAUCCGGGAAUCAGGGCUUCCAUAGAGAGUGUGGUGCCACAGUCUGUCCGGCAUCUGACCCUGCGGCACGCACCGUGCCGCGAAAGUCGCUCUUAGGAUGUGUCGAAUCGGCUUGUGUUGGAACGGCUUCGGGAGGCCAUUAGCCAUUUCCCCCGUUUGAAAAGCAUAACGUUGGAGAUAUCGUCGUGGCUGGUUGACUCUACGAGGGAAUAUCACGAAUGCUUUCUGAAGCUCGGGGUGCAGUUCAUAACACACAUGACACAGAUUGUGGAUCCCGAGGACAGAUUAGAUUGAAUGCUGUAAAGGUGGGUGGUACGUUCAGCGUCUCCUAGGACGUGCGGGGCCUGGGCAGGUGUCGGGGUGGGACGUUCGUUCGGAUGGGUUCCACUGUAUAUAGGCAAGAAACGAAUAGCUCAGGGAAGGCAUUA